AUGCCUGCUGCUCAAUCGUGUAACUUUCUCGAGCCCUCAACAGAGUUCUUGCACUUGACCAACUCUUCCUCGCAGCCAUUGGCCUUCAAGGUCAAGACCACUGCUCCAAAGUUGUACUGUGUUAGACCAAACGCCAGCAUCAUUGGCCCAAACGAGUCCAUCAAGAUCUCUCUCAUCUUGCAGGGUUUCACUCAACCUUUGCCAAAAGACUACAAAUGUAAGGACAAGUUCUUGAUUGUCUCCUUGCCAUGCCCUGAGUUGUCUGACCCAUCUAAGGUCAGCGAACAGUGGAGCGCCUUGGAGAGCAAGUAUCGCGACCAGUUGCUACAAAAGAAGUUGAGAGUCAACUUCGUCAUUGACGAUGAUGAGACCAACGAGUCCCAGGCUAACGACACCACUUUUGCCAACGCUACUUCCUCUGCUGGCUUUGGUGCUGCCGGUGCUGGUGCUGGUGCUGCCGCCAGCUCUGGUAUCUCCCAGAACGCCAAUGACACCGCCAAUAGAACUUAUGACUCCUCUGCCGUCAACGCUGGUGCUGACACUACAAAGGAGGCUUUCCCAUCUGUCGGUGGUGCUGGCGCUGAUGACGUCCAGCAGAAGGAAUUGGAAGCCUCUAACCAGAAGAUCAACAACUUGUCUGAGAAAUUGGACUCCAACGAGAAGGCUCCUUCCGCUGCUGCUGGAUCUCAGACCGGUGUUGCCACUGAGGAUGCUGUCAGCGGUGUUUCUCUCCCAUUUGCCGGUAUUUUGAUUCUUAUCGCCGUGUUGUUGGGCUGGUACGUCUUAUAA